UGAUAUUAUAGCUCAAGCAAUUAUACAUUUAAUAGAUUGAAUCUGUUGUUAGAAUUGUCUAAGGAGGACUGUUAAUUUUUUUGAAAGACUGAAAAAGCAGUUCGUUAAGAUAAAUCACUGAGAUUUUUAAUUGAAUCAACAUUAAAUAUAUACUAUAAGCAAAUAGAAUAAACAUGCCACCAAAAGCUGAUUGGGACAAGUAUGUUGCUCCAAGUGAAGAAGAUGAUCAACAAGAUAAAAUCACACCUUUGAGUGAUAAUGAUAUCCAAGUUUUGAAAACAUACGGGGCAGCACCAUAUGCUAUACCAUUGAAAAGUAUUGAAAAAGAUUUAAAGGAUAUUGAAGAAAGAAUAAAAGAUAAAAUAGGUGUUCAAGAAAGUGAUACUGGUUUAGCAGCUCCACAUUUAUGGGAUAUAAAUGGUGAUAAAAUAAGAAUGAGUGAAGAACACCCAUUGCAAGUUGCAAGAUGUACUAAAAUCAUUGAAGCUAGCAAUCCUCAACCACAACCAGGUUUACUCCAAAAUGCUGAUAACAAGUCCAAAUAUGUCAUUAAUAUAAAACAAAUUGCCAAAUUUGUGGUUGGAUUGGGAGAACGUGUGUCGCCAACCGAUAUCGAAGAAGGAAUGAGAGUUGGUGUUGAUAGACAAAAGUAUGAAAUUCAAUUACCAUUACCACCAAGAAUUGAUCCAUCAGUUACCAUGAUGACUGUUGAAGAAAAACCAGAUGUUACUUAUAGUGAUGUUGGUGGAUGCAAAGACCAAAUUGAAAAAUUAAGAGAAGUUGUUGAAUUGCCAUUACUAUCACCAGAAAGAUUUGUUAAAUUAGGUAUUGAUCCACCAAAGGGUAUUUUGUUAUACGGACCUCCAGGUACUGGUAAGACAUUAUGUGCCAGGGCUGUUGCCAAUAGAACUGAUGCUACUUUUAUUAGAGUCAUUGGUUCUGAAUUGGUUCAAAAAUAUGUUGGUGAAGGUGCUAGAAUGGUUAGAGAAUUAUUCGAAAUGGCUCGUACCAAAAAAGCUUGUAUUAUAUUCUUUGAUGAAGUUGAUGCUAUUGGUGGAGCUAGAUUUGAUGAUGGUGCUGGUGGUGAUAAUGAAGUCCAAAGAACUAUGUUGGAAUUGAUUACUCAAUUAGAUGGGUUUGAUCCAAGAGGUAAUAUUAAGGUCAUGUUUGCUACUAAUAGACCUAAUACAUUAGAUCCUGCUUUAUUAAGACCAGGUAGAAUUGAUCGUAAAGUUGAAUUCUCUUUACCUGAUUUAGAAGGACGUGCUAAUAUUUUCAGAAUUCAUUCAAAAACUAUGAGUUGUGAAAAGGGUAUCAGAUGGGAAUUAAUCUCAAGAUUAUGUCCUAAUGCUACUGGUGCUGAAUUAAGAUCCGUUUGUACUGAAGCAGGUAUGUUUGCCAUUCGUGCAAGAAGAAAGGUUGCUAAUGAAAAAGAUUUCCUUAAAGCAGUUGAUAAGGUUAUCAAGGGUAACUUGAAAUUUAGUUCUACUUCAGAAUAUAUGCAAUAUAAUUAAUGCAAGUUAUACGUUAGUUCAUGUCGUCAUUCUAAGGUAUAUUUACCUCAGCUUUUUCUCUACUCCCUUUUUUUUAUAGUCUUACACUUUAAU